AUGACAGAGCUUAAAAAUAACAACAUACGACAGUCGAUUAUUAAGCAAUUACGUCUCUACAUUGACGAUGAUGGAUGCAUUCGCUGUGGCGGGAGGAUUCACAACGCACGAAUACCUGCAGAUACAGGAUUCCCGUAUCUCCCGCCUACACGCAGCCAUUUUACGACAUUGAUCAUAAGAGACGCUCAUUGCAGCCAGUUACAUGCCGGCGUUUUGCAGACAGUAACUCACAUACGGCAAAAAUACUGGAUACCUUCAAUUCGCCAGCGAGUCAAAGGUAUUUUAAGGAAAUGUACUACGUGCUUGAAGAUCAACAGCAGACCCUACAGAGCGCCUACCUCCCCUCCACUUCCGAAAGAAAGAGUUUCUGACGAGGCACCGUUCACUGUUACCGGCGUAGACUUUACGGGCGCCCUUCAUGUCAGAGAGAAAACAGGUAUACAUAAGGUGUACAUUUGCCUAUUUACCUGCGCCAGUACCCGAGCCGUGCACCUUGAAGUUGUUCCCGACUUAUCAGAAGAAAUCUUCAUGCUGGCAUUUAGACGGUUUGUCAGCCGACGAUCCGUACCGAAGAUCAUGAUGUCAGACAAUGCGACCACCUACCGAGCUGCGGCGAGUCACAUUCACCGAAUGACACACAAUACUCAGGCGUGUCUUGCAGCACGGGGCACAGAAUGGAAGUUCAUACCGCAACGCGAACCUUAUGAUGGAUGCAGAGCAUGA